AGAAACGAAAAUCCUUCCUGUUGUCAAGAUUAUAAGAAUAUUUCUGGAGAGUGCAUAGAAAUGGAACACAAAGCUGUUGUCAUGACUACAAGAAUAUUUCAGGAAAGUGCACAGCUUGCAUUGGUUCUUUUGGAAAGGGCUGUUUAAAUCCGUGUAAGUAUGGGUACUACGGUCAUGGAUGUCGUGAGCGGUGUGACUGCAGUGAAAAUCAGAUAUGUGACAAAAGAAGAGGUUGUUUGCUUUUGCAUAAUGAUUAUCUUAAAAAUAUAACUAAAGACCAAUAUAAGAGAUCCAACGAAAGCAGCCACAUUUUACAAUCAAUGAUGAUAAUAAUUUGCAGUGUUCUUGCUCUUGUCUUCAUCGUGUUGGGAAUGGUCUACUACCUUCGAAGUAAAGUGAUGGAGAAGGGAUCAAAUACCAAUAUCGAUGCUACGGAAUCUUCACCUUCAGAAAAUGCAUGUUCGGUGCAGCAGGAACAAGGCGAAUGUAUUUAUAAUGAUGUACGCGAAUCACGGAUGAUUGAAAACACGAGAAUGUUUCGACCAGAAAAUGCCAGUAUGCAGAACAGGUCAAAGGUGAUGGAAGCGUGCAUGAGUGUACCAAAACAGCGCCGAGAAAAAGUCCAAGAAUCAAUAUCUAGCUCUCUAGAUCUGGGAUAUUAUGGAGGAUGCGGUGAUAACUACUCUCGGUUACAACUUAAAAAGAUCCGUACGUGUACUUUGCCUUCUAAGUCGCCCGUCAAUAUGAAUGAUUAUGCUUGGAUGAAACCGAAUCUAUUAUCUGUAUCACAUGAAAACAUUUACACUGAAAGGGGACAUUUUAAAGAGGGUGAAUAUGCUAACCAGUCACUAAAGGAAAAUCCCAUCAUAGCAAGAUCUGGGGUCAACCAGUAAAGGAUCUUCCGACCGUACAGCUCUGUGAAAUACCAUCGUAAUGUUGAUCAAGAGUAGAUGAUUUUUUAUAAGUCUAUAUAUAGAAUUUUGACCUUUAGAUGAAUUAUUCAAUAUCCA